UCAAUUGGUUGGCAACACUGGAAGUUAUAAGUAUGUGAUUGUGUCAUAUGUGAUUACAUAUCUAUCAUUUCAUUCAUCUAAAAUUCAUUCAAAAGUCAAAGAUCAAUGAUUAUUGUUGGUCUAUGAUUUGGGUUGUUGUAAUGACCUUUUCAACUAUCUAAAACAGUUUUAUUUUAUUAACAGUCAAGGGCCAACGUUAUCCUGGUCAAGAUUUCAGAAACCACAUGUACUUUCAGAAAACAUGAAUAGCAUUCAACCAAAAACUACCUCGACGAGGACGAGGUUUGAUAGUUUUAAUACUAUCAACGAGAAGCCAGUGGAUGAUAUUUCUUUACAUUUUUUUUACAAGCCUCACACCAUAUCACUUUUAGUGUUGUCUAUUGGAUUUGUCAUUUACUUUGCCUUUGUUAGAGACACAGAUAACAUUGAAAACAACAUCUGGACAGGCCUGAAGGUGUGCUGCUAUUUUUUCCUUAUAAUAUCAGUCUUGGCAUUUCCAAAUGGACCCUUUAUCCGCCCCCACCCAGCAGUAUGGCGAGUGGUAUUUGGCUUGAGUGUGAUCUACUUAUUGGUUUGCCUUUUUGUACUUUUUCAAGACUACAAGACAGUCAGGAAUGUUCUUUUUUGGAUGGACCCUUCAUUGAAAAACUUCAGUAUAGAUUUGGAUAAGGAAUACGGUGUUAACUGUUCGGACAUAACAGUUGAAAGGAUCUGGAGCCAUGUCGAUGUUUUUGCUGUGGGUCAUUUUUUUGGAUGGAUGUUCAAAGCUGUUCUUAUUAGACACAUGGGUAUUCUUUGGGCAAUAAGUUGUAUGUGGGAAAUCACAGAACUAGCUUUUGCCCACUUAUUACCAAACUUCAUUGAAUGCUGGUGGGACGCACUCAUUUUAGAUGUCUUAAUAUGCAACGGUUGUGGAAUUUGGUGUGGAAUGUUCUUAUGCAAAAAACUUGAAAUGCGUGAAUAUAAAUGGGUUAGCAUAAAAGAUAUCCAUAGUACAAAGGGAAAAAUCAAACGAGCCAUGUUACAAUUUACCCCUGAGAGCUGGACUUCUGUUAGAUGGUUAGACCCAAAGUGUUCCUAUAUGAGAAUAUUUGCAUUGUGUCAGUUGGUUGUAUUUUGGCAAGUGAUCGAACUCAACACAUUUUUUAUCAAGCAUGUAUUUGAAUUGCCACCUUCUCAUUACUUGGUCACAGGGCGGUUGAUUUUGGUAGGGGUUAUAGUGGCUCCAUCUGUGAGACAGUACUACUGCUACGUAACAGAUACUUCAUGUAAAAGAGUAGGUACCCAGUGUUGGGUGUUUGGUUGUAUAAUGGUAUGUGAGGCAUUGAUUUGUAUAAAACACGGACAGUCACUGUUUGAGAGGACGCAAGUGGUUAAUUUGAUUAUUUGGAUGUUCAUUAUGUUUAUAGUGUCAGUUGGUUGUGUGAUUGGUUGUGUUUUGUAUAAUAAAUACAUACCAGAAUAUUUUGAAAGGAACCCUUCAAAGAUGAAGAUUUCUAGCAAAAUGCAAAAUAAGAAUGGAUUUGGAGUGAAAAAUGAAUGAAAUAUAUGAUAGACAUGAACCUUGGGGACUGAUAUGUUAAAUUUUUAAUGACUUCAACUGGAUUGAGGAUCAAUUUAAAUUUCUUGUACUUGUACUUGAUACAUAUUUUCAUGACAAAAAUAUUAGGCGAUAUUUCCUUUCAAUUCUGGUGUUAUGAUAUUUUGCUGAUCUGUCACUUAAAAAUCUCAUUUUAUCAACAUCUAAAAAGUUUCCAUCGAUUGAUAUUCACACUUGUUCUAGUCCCUUUAGCAAGCCAUAUGAACUUAAACGAUUUGUUUAUUAUUGUUGAUAUGUUUUUGGAAACUUUAUGAGAUUACACAGUUACACACCUAUGCCCCCAUCAGAUAGGAUUAUGUUAUUUCUAUAAAAAAAUAUUAAGGCAUUCACUUGGUUCAUAUAUUGAUGAUUUCAAUGGUUCAGGCCAAUGUAUUCAGUCAGGAAGAGCAAAGUUAUUGACAAAGUUGACCUAUCUGCUGGGAGUUAUGUAAUUUGUGAUAAAUGAGAGUUAUUUGUUACUUAUUACUAGAUCAUUUUUCACAUUUGUAAAUAUAGAUUAAAAAUUGAUGUUACCAAAGAUUACAAUAAAUCUUCCAAUAGAUAA